CCUGCAGAGUUUAAUCAGCUUGAUUGUGGGCACCGCACCUCUGCUCUGUGCCCCUUGUUUUAUUUGACCAUUGGCUCUUUGGAGAAAUUUUCUGCUACUGGAUUCUAGUUUUAAAAAGAAACUAAAAGAAUGUGAUUCUAGAAAACAAAAACCUGCUUUAUCAAAAAUCAUCAGCAAACAAUAGGAAAAGACGACUCUGGGGAGCUCCGAAAUGCAGGCUAAAGCAGACCUCACAUAGUCCCACACAGAUGCAGACAGAGAAACUGCUCAUUAUCAAUCAACGAACACAAACAAGUUGAAGACUGCUCAGUUCCCCCUGUUAAAGUUUCCAGAUUGUUUGAACUUCUCUGGCCGCACAAUACAGGAGGGGAGCCUGAAGCAGCACAGGACCCACAGCGUGUGCAGCAUGGGCUGGUUCAGUAGGAUUGUGUGUCUUUUCUGGGGAGUAUUACUUACUGCAAGAGCAAACUAUCAAAAUGGGAAGAACAAUGUGCCAAGGCUGAAAUUAUCUUACAAAGAAAUGUUGGAAUCCAACAAUGUGAUCACUUUCAAUGGCUUGGCCAACAGCUCCAGUUAUCAUACCUUCCUUUUGGAUGAGGAACGGAGUAGGCUCUAUGUUGGAGCAAAGGAUCACAUAUUUUCAUUCAACCUGGUUAAUAUCAAGGAUUUUCAAAAGAUCGUGUGGCCUGUAUCUUACACCAGAAGGGAUGAAUGCAAGUGGGCUGGAAAGGAUAUACUGAAAGAAUGUGCUAAUUUCAUCAAGGUGCUUAAGGCUUAUAAUCAGACUCACUUGUAUGCCUGUGGAACUGGGGCUUUUCAUCCAAUUUGCACCUACAUAGAAAUUGGACAUCAUCCUGAGGACAACAUUUUUAAGCUGGAAGACUCACAUUUUGAAAAUGGCCGUGGAAAGAGUCCAUACGACCCUAAACUGCUGACAGCAUCUCUUUUAAUAGAUGGAGAAUUAUAUUCUGGAACAGCAGCUGAUUUUAUGGGGCGAGACUUUGCUAUCUUCCGAACUCUUGGGCACCACCACCCCAUCAGGACAGAGCAGCAUGAUUCCAGGUGGCUCAAUGAUCCAAGGUUCAUUAGUGCCCAUCUCAUCCCAGAGAGUGACAACCCUGAAGAUGACAAAGUAUAUUUUUUCUUCCGUGAAAAUGCAAUAGAUGGAGAACACACUGGAAAAGCCACUCACGCUAGAAUAGGUCAGAUAUGCAAGAAUGACUUCGGGGGCCACAGAAGUCUGGUGAAUAAAUGGACAACAUUCCUCAAAGCUCGUCUUAUUUGCUCAGUGCCAGGUCCAAAUGGUAUUGACACACAUUUUGAUGAAUUGCAGGAUGUAUUUCUAAUGAAUUCUAAAGAUCCUAAAAAUCCAGUUGUAUAUGGAGUGUUUACAACUUCCAGUAACAUCUUCAAGGGGUCAGCUGUGUGCAUGUACAGCAUGAGUGAUGUGAGGAGGGUGUUCCUGGGUCCCUAUGCUCACAGAGAUGGUCCUAACUACCAGUGGGUGCCUUAUCAAGGAAGAGUGCCCUAUCCACGACCAGGAACUUGUCCCAGUAAAACAUUUGGUGGAUUUGACUCUACAAAAGACCUUCCUGAUGAUGUUAUAACAUUUGCAAGAAGUCAUCCAGCCAUGUACAAUCCAGUGUUUCCUAUUAAUAACCGGCCGAUAAUGAUCAAGACUGAUGUAAAUUAUCAGUUUACACAAAUUGUAGUAGAUCGAGUGGAUGCAGAAGAUGGCCAGUAUGAUGUCAUGUUUAUUGGAACAGAUGUUGGGACCGUUCUUAAAGUAGUUUCAAUUCCUAAGGAGACUUGGCAUGAUUUAGAAGAAGUUCUGCUGGAAGAAAUGACAGUUUUUCGGGAACCAACUACUAUUUCAGCCAUGGAGCUUUCCACUAAGCAGCAACAACUAUAUGUUGGCUCUGCUGCGGGGGUGGCGCAGCUCCCUUUACACAGAUGUGAUAUUUACGGGAAAGCCUGUGCAGAGUGCUGCCUCGCCCGGGACCCAUACUGUGCCUGGGAUGGCUCUUCAUGCUCUCGCUAUUUUCCUACUGCAAAGAGACGCACAAGACGGCAAGAUAUAAGAAAUGGAGACCCACUGACUCACUGUUCAGACUUACAACACCACGAUAAUCACCGUGGCCACAACUUUGAAGAAAGAAUCAUCUAUGGAGUAGAAAAUAGUAGCACAUUCCUGGAAUGCAGUCCCAAAUCACAGCGAGCUCUGGUCUAUUGGCAAUUCCAGAGGCGAAAUGAAGAGCGAAAAGAAGAGAUCAGAGUGGACGAUCACAUCAUCAGGACAGAGCAAGGCCUGUUACUGCGUAGUCUACAACGGAAAGAUUCAGGCAGUUACCUCUGUCAUGCUGUGGAACAUGGAUUCAUGCAAACUCUUCUUAAGGUGACCCUGGAAGUCAUUGAUACAGAGCAUCUGGAAGAACUUCUUCAUAAAGAUGAUGAUGGAGAUAGCUCUAAGACCAAAGAAAUGUCCAACAGCAUGACACCUAGCCAGAAGAUCUGGUACAGAGACUUCAUGCAGCUCAUCAACCACCCCAACCUGAACACAAUGGAUGAGUUCUGUGAACAAGUUUGGAAAAGGGACAGAAAACAGCGUCGGCAAAGGCCAGGACAUACCCAAGGGAACAGUAACAAAUGGAAACACUUACAGGAGAAUAAGAAAGGUAGAAACAGGAGGACCCACGAAUUUGAGAGGGCACCCAGGAGUGUCUGAGCUGCAUUACCUCUAGAAACCUCAAACAAGUUGAAACUUGCCUAGCCAAUAACUGGAAAAAAAAAAUGCAAUAUACAUGAACCUUUUUCAUGGCAUUAUGUGGAUGUUUACAAUGGUGGAAAGUGCAACUGAGUUCCACCAAUUAUAAAUUAAGUCCAUGAGUAACUUUCCUAACAGGCUUUCUUCCUAAUACCAUCACCUAAUAGAGGUCAGGUGAACAAAGAUGUUCACCCUAGCAGACUAAAUGUUUCCUACAAGAUUUCACUGUACAGGUUUCGCUUUCUUCUUUGCCUGAGAAAUGAAAAUGUCAUUUGCCAUACUGUCAUCUAAAGGAGAAAAAUUGCAUCAGCAAAGCCAUUUUAUUGAACUAGAAGUUUAGAAUAAACUGCAUGGAUUUACUAAGCUGAUGACUAUUCCAAAAUGCUGUUGGAUUCAAGGAUAUUUUUUGUCUACCAGCACUCGUGUUUAUUUGUACUGGAGGAGUAAAAUGAUACUGAGUGAAAUGGUCUGUGGAAAUAUAAAAAACAUAAACCACCCAUCAUCCAAAAGAAAAAUGGAAUACACUGAUCUACUACUGAUGUCUUCUUCCAGCUUUUACCUAAAGAUGUAUUUUAUUAAAACUAUAAUUUAAAUGUACCAUGACAAAUAUGCAGUAAAAAUUAGCUCUUUUCUAAGCUAGAGUAGGUUUUUGUCUCAUAAUUAUUGUACUAUAUGGUUUUUGUUUUUAAAA